GAUAAAUAAACCAGUAUGAGUCGUUUCACUACAUGUCUCCUGUAAAAUGAAAGAAACAGCUUCCUCUUCAUUACGUUUUGUGGGGCCCAUGAAAAAGUACCCAGAGGAAACUCACAAAAGCAAAGUAUGAAGGGACUUGACCUGAAAAGUUUUUAUCUUAGAAAAUGCAUGCAUUCAUUUUAUUUUUUGUUUUUCACUGGAAUGUAUUUGAACUAUCUCCCAGAAGUAGCUUUAAUUAAUUUUUUUUUUUUUUACCAUCACUCUGACUUCAUUGCUUAUAGUAAAUGUCAGUACUCAUUCUGAAACCAGACAUUGGACAUCACUGCCAGUCUUAAGUCUGCCAUCAGUUUGCCCAACAGUCGCGCAGUUUAAUGGUCUGAAAUCCACUUGUUGCCGGGAUCUAACGAUCGCAGAGCGGAGUGAAAGAGGGCGGGGCCCGUGACCAGACUAUAAAUGGCCCUCCAGUCAGUCGCAACUCAUUCACAAGUUCACGGUGACAAGUGACUGAUGUCUCCAUCGGAAGUUUAAAAUCCCGACAAGAAUAAGUCGCAGGAUGAAGUUGCUUUUCCUCUGUUUGUUCCUCCUGCAUGUGUCGCUGGUCGAUGGCCGGAUCUUCACCCGCCAUGACCACCGCAAGAGCCCGGCAAACCCCCAGCGCACAGGAGCCGUGACCGUCGGCAGGCAGAGAACUCUGUUCGCGAGGAGAGGACAAUAUGAACGGCAGAGAAUACAUCAUCAACAUAAACAGGUUCCAGUCUCUCCGAACAACCUCCCUGUGAAAAGUACCUCUCACCCGGCCCCGCAGUGCUCUCAGCUGACUCAGAGCUGUUUGCCACAAACAGGCUGCUGCGACACUUUCGCCAAGUGCCAUUGCCACUUCUUCAACGCCAUUUGCUUCUGCCGGAGAUUAAAUUCGCCCAACAAGUUGAAAACAUAAGCAGCAGAGCACGAGGAAACUCCAUGGACCCGCACCAUGGCAGAGCUGCUUGAGUAUCAGAGCAGUUCUGCCCCCUACAGGCAAUAAAUAAACUCGGCGUGAAAGGCAGCUGCUCAGAUAACCUUGGAUCUGCUAUGAUCUUUUUCAUUCAUCUUUUUCAUUUUCGUCAUCAACUGCUUAUUCCCUCUAUGCAGUCACCGAGGGCUUGAGCCUGUCCCAGCAACAUAGGGCAAGAGGGUCGAGGGUCACCUCGACAGGUCGCCAGUCCAUCGCAGGACACAUACAGAAAGCACCACAUCACUGACUGACAGGUCAUUUGAACUCAAUAUAUUUUUGGACCAUGGGAGGAAAUCAGAGUGUCUAGACGGAAGCACAGGGAGAGCAUAUCGACCACACACAGAAGGGGCUCAGGCUCCCUCCAAAGCCGAUACUGUUACUGCAUGAGCUCUUCUUUAAAUGUUUUUGUACUCUUGUGUUACUGCAGUGGUUCUAACUCGCCAGCGUUCAGUGGGAGGAUUGAAACAGUUAUAAGCUAUCGGUUAAAUGAAUGUAUUGUCUGUUUAUGUUACUCUCUUUCAUAAGAUGUGAAUGAUUUACUGUUGCAUGUUUUUUGUUUUUUCUAACGAAUGCAGCUGCAGAUCCUGUGACACAAUACAUUUGUCAUUAGUGAAAAACGACUCUGAGAAUGAAUCUGAAAAUGUUUUUUAUUACUGUUUUCAUCUG